AUGGCAAAAACUGCUGCAAUCGAAUUAAUCGCCAGAUGGAAGAAUCGGAAGAUUGUACCGAUCAAAGAAGCGGAACCGAAAAAGUCAAAGAAGAAGGUUGAAAUUAUCAAAAAGGAAGAAAGUGCACCCUCUACCAAUCAAGAAAAUGGAGGGGAUAGCAAAGAUGGAAGCGUCGAUGCCAAAGAAGGCAAACAAAAGAUUAAGCUCAAAGAACGCAAACAUCUUGCAACCCAAGCAGCAGCAAACGCAAAGAUUUCAGGUUGGGCAGAAGACGUUCACGCAAGUCAUCUAGAGGCAGAAGUGGCAGCUUUGGCAAUCAGGGCAACCAGUCAAGAAUCAAGAUUUUAUACAGAAUAUACCACAACUGCAACAAAAGAGAUCGACUUGAAAGAUGUGAAUUUAUUUGUCGGAGAAAAACAAUUACUCAAUGAUGCUCACCUUCGUAUCAAGGAAGGUGUUAAGUAUGGUCUCGUAGGAAAGAAUGGGGCUGGUAAAUCAACACUUCUUCGUGCUUUAGGUGAUGGUCUGAUUCCCGGAUUGCCGUCCAAUGUCAAAGUUCUACUCGUGUCGCAAUUGGGCAUAGAAGAGUCACUGCGAAUUUUGGCAAGAUCGGAAUCAAGAGCCUUGACUGUACUGGAUGCAGCUUUACAGGGAGACAAACAACGUGUACAAGCUGAAAGGGAAGUCGACAUCCUCUCCAAAGCGAUUGACGCUCAAGACUCUAAAGGCUUACAAGAAGUUGUUAAAGAACUUUGGCGGGAUAGAUCAUUUGCAGAACUGGAAGAAGCUCGAAGGAUAUCCUUACGCAGAAGUGGAGCGAUUGGCAAACAAGCAAGAACAGCAUUGAUCGAAGCAGAGAAACGAUACGAAGACGCAAAAGCUGACUUUCCACAACAUGGAGAUGAAGAUGAUUGGGAGCAACAUGCCUCAAAGCUGCAUACCGAAGCAAUGACUGUUUUGGAAGAAACUGAUGCAGCAACGGUGGUUCCACGUGCACAUGCAAUCUUGCGUGGUCUAGGAUUCAGUGAUGAGAUGAUCCAGAAGCCUUACUCAAAUCUUUCUGGAGGUUGGAGAUCUCGUUGCUCGUUGGCAUCAGCUUUGUUAUUGUCCAAUCAUGUCUUGCUGCUUGAUGAACCGAUCAAUUUCCUCGAUUUGCCAAGUAUUUUGUGGCUCGAACAAUUUGUUCGAAAUAGCGAAGAAACGGUCAUCACAGUUGCACACGAUGUUGAAUUCUUGAAUACGGUCAGUGAUGAACUUAUUGUUGUAAGGAACAACAAGUUGGAAUACUUUGAUGGUAACUUGGCGGAAUAUAUGCGCACCAAAAGAAGACAACACAAACAUGCCGUUAGACAACAAGAUGCGAUGGACAAAAAGAAAGAUUUGAUUGAGAAAUCUAUUCAAGAAGGAAGAAAGCAAGCUAAGAAGAGCGGUGAUGAAAAUCGAAUGAGGAUGGUGAAAAGUAGACAAAAGAAGUUGGAAGAUCGAUGGGGAUUGGAGAGAAAUGCGGCCGGACAUCGAUUCAAGCUGAAUAGGGAUUUAGGUGGUUACUAUCUAACGUCUCGUGCUGGAAUUGAAAUUGAAGAGCAAGGUCCGCCUGUGCACUACGAAUUUAUCGAUCCAGAUCCGUUGCCAUUUGCUGCUUCUUUGUUGCAUUUGGAAAAUCUAACGUUCCAACAUCAAACAGCCAAACAACCUUUACUCAAAGAUGUCAAUAUCACAAUUGAUAUAGGAGAUCGGAUUGGAUUGGUAGGACCGAAUGGACACGGAAAGACGACAUUGCUGCAAUUGAUCAUGAGUGAAAGACAGCCAACUUCAGGCAACAUUCAAAAGCAUAGCCGAAUGCGAAUUGCCUAUUAUGCACAACAAGCAAUGGCAGAUGUUGAUUUUCAGACAUCCAAACAAACGGCAUUAGAACACUUUUUAGAACAUUGUUCUGCGCAAGAAUUGCUGAAUGAAAAUCGAGCUAGAGGUUUCUUGGCUCAAUUUGAUCUUAAAGGUAGAACGGUGGAUGCACUUCCGAUUGGAAAGCUAAGUGGUGGUCAAAGAGUCAAGCUUUUAUUGGCAGAAGUUGUUUGUGGUGGACCUCAUAUUUUGAUUUUGGACGAAGUGACUACGCAUAUGGAUAGUGAUUCGAUUCGAGCAUUGAUUGGGGCUCUUAAGCGAUUCAAAGGAGCAGUAAUUUUAAUUUCACACGAUCGACAUGCGAUCAAAGAAGUGGUAGAGGGCAAACCAACAGAAGAGAUGGAAGGAUCAGGAUCAGAAGAAGAAUCGAGCGAAGAGGAAGAAGAUGAAGAUCAAAUUGGAUCUUUGAAUCCUUCAGGCACGGCCGCUCAACGAAAGACGUUUUUGGUACGAAAUGGAAGUGUGAAAGUGCUUGAAAAAGGAGUAGAAGAAUAUGUUAAUACAGUCGAACAAUCCAUGCAAGCCAGCUUUUCCUCUCAUCCCGAUCAAGGUGUGUAA